AUAGAUCGCUUGGAAAUCUAUAAUAUAUGUUACGUGAACUAUAGAUUUUCAGGCGAUCUAUGCGCUCUAUGCGUGAAACGGAACGCAACCUGUGUUUAGAAGGGGAAGGCGCUCAUGCGCGCCAAAGUUCAGUCACAUAGCCUCAAAUCAAAAUGUUACUUUUUCGGAGAAAGAAUACUAUGGAUAUGAUUAUUCCACAUGCAUCAACCUAAUUGAUCACAUUGCUGGCUUCCUUACAUCACUCCAACAGUCUAUACUUUCUACAGUUUAUGAUAUUUAUAUAUAUAUGCUUGCUCACAAAUGAGAGUCGAGACGACUACAUCUUAUAUCAUCUGUGGAUGUGGACUACAUUGUAUUUUGAAGAGUUAUAACAACAGCGCAUUUCAAUUCAGAGAAAGUUUAGAUUUUUCAAAUUCAAAACUUUCAUUCACUCUGAUGAAUCGCGAUCAAGAAGAAAACGUCGUCUUAUCACCUUCUACUAUAUACGAUCAACAAUAUCCGGAUUUCAUAGAUAAUGUAUUAAAAGAAGCAACCGAUGAUUUUGAAAGAGAGAAAAAAUUUUCUGAUCAAAAUCUACUAAAACUAUACAAGCUAUUUAACAGAACAUUCGAAAGAGCCUUAGAUUUAUAUGAACAAAAACGAGUGACACAAGUUUCGACAUCUAGUACGAUUAUAACAGAACCAUACAAAAGUGUAAGUGAGGUCAGUUGGUUGAUGCAAGUUAAAGGACAUUCUGGAGUAUCAUACACACUUUUUCCUGAAAUAAAUUAUUGUACUUGUACAGCUUUUAGACAUCAGGUAUUAAGAGAUCGGUCUGCUUUUACUUGUAAACACGUUUUGGCAGCUUGGCUAGCCAGUGUUGAUAAUGAAAAAUUGUUGCAUCAACAAUUAACACAGAAACAAUUUGAUAAUUUAUUGUUAUAUCAGGUUUCGUACAAACAUAAUGCUCUCUAA